AUGUCUCCGGAUAGCAAAUCGCCACUUUCCUCAAUGCUGAACAUGCUUCACACAAUCUGGCUUUUCACAGCAAACGACAUCAAGUCCAUCGUCCUGCCCGAAACCGCAUUCGGCAUAUUUACCGCGCUCUCCGGGCCUCUCCUCACAUCUAACCCCUCCGUACACGUCAACGACGUCCUGUCCCGGCUCCCGCAAGUUCUCCUCUGGAACUGGGCCAAUCUCCUUCUCUUUGACGUGGCCAACCAGCGCCUUCCAGCUUCAGUCGUUGAGGAUGCAGUCAAUAAAGCGUGGCGCCCGCUUCCGUCUGGCCGUAUCUCUGAACUCGCAGCACGUAGACUAUUGUUAGGCAUUCUCCCGGCUACUUUCAUCGUCAGUUGGUUCCUGGGUGGUAUGCAUGAGACAGUCGCCAUGAUGGCACUAACAUGGAUGUACAACGACCUGGCCGGUUCCGACGAGCUGUAUAUUAUCCGCAAUGCGAUCAACGCCCUCGGUUUCAUGUGCUACAGCUCCGGUUCAGCUGCUGUAGCGGUGGGUCAUGGCGAACACGAUCUGAACAGUCGUGCGUACCAGUGGAUCGCUCUUGUUGGCGCUGUUGUCUUCUCUACGCUAUCGAUGCAGGACAUGCCUGAUAUUCCGGGCGAUCGUACGAAAGGGAGGAAGACACUGCCACUCGUUCACCCGGAGAUAGUUGCGAGGUGGGCGAUCGGUGUCCCGGUAUUCAUCUGGUCGGUUUACCUUUCUGUGUACUGGGAGCUGCAUGUCGAUCAACAGAUCAUUUUUGGUGCUGUAGUGGCUGUGGGUGCUGUGCUAGCUGCGAGGGUGAUCUUUAUGAGGGGUAUUCAGGCUGAUAAGGGGAGCUGGAAGAUGUGGUGUGCCUGGACUGGCUUCUUGUAUGCACUGCCCAUGAUCAAGAAUUGUGGGCAUCUAGUGUGGUGA